ACCAACAACAACUGCGACGAUGAGGACUUUGUUGUCGCAUCUGAGGAUGAUGCAGCAGCCCUGGUGGCAGAGAUGGAGGAUGAGGAGCGAUGACACCUGCGCAAGAAGGCAAAGAGGCAAGGGGCGGCGCCUGCUGCUGCUGCUGCUGUGAAGGUGAAAAAGAGGACCCCGAAAUACCUGCCACCCGAGGAGCUGUGGAUGGAGACAUGCGCCAUUUCCGGAAGCUGCGAGGCCGUGGAGCGCUGUCCGAGCGCGAGUGUCCCCUGGUGCUGCACCUGCACACGUUUCUCAAGCACGAGCACGAGAUGGAGAGAGCAAGGAGGAAGGCGGCACGCACAGGUGGCAAGAUGGCAACAAGAGACGCCAUGCUUGGGUGUUCAGCGGCAACGGUGAGGCAGCUGCUGAGCAAGUGGAAUCGGAUGAAGCGGGAGGCUGGCAAGCGCCCCAACAGCCUCAACAUCACCAACAACCGGGGCACAAGCGCAAAGCCACAGCGUGUCCCGUCCACGGGGCGCGUGACCAGGCUUGUCAGAGACUUCACCACACAAGCGCAGAGCAGCGGCCGGGUCAUCAAUGCCACGCAACUCACGAAGCACCUCAUUGAGAGCGGGGUGCUGUCUGUGAAGGUGAACCCACUCACGAGCCAGCCGGAGCACAGAGACCUCCAGGCCGCAAGGAGGGCCACACAGCGGUUCUUGGUGCGAUUCGGAUACUUGCAAACUCAGGGUAGGGAUGAGAGAAAGGCACGACCGACAACCCAUCUCGACAAGCUCGCCGACUAUCUCCACACCUUGUUCAAGAUCCGCAACCAAAAAAAAAAAAAAGCGGUGUAUCUGGACGAAGCGUACGUGCAAGCAGCAACCAACGACAGCUCUGUUCGGCUGUCCACCCACGAUCCCAGUCACCAAACAGAUGCUGCUGAGCACGUGAAGAUCACGAAGACGAACGGCCCUCGCAUGCGUGUUGUGCUGGCCAUUCAGAACCGCGACCCACGCUCCGCCGACCCCUCGCAGCCGUGCACACCGCAGCAGCAGGCAGGCAUUGUUGACGGCACAGCAUGA